UGCGCAGUGCAGAGUACUGAGAGUGCGCGCUGCAUGGUCACUUCCGCGCUUGGGGAAUCACGUUUAGCAUGUGCUGCUGCUGAGCGUGUGGCAUCGCCGCCUCCCCCUGCACAGCACAGGCCACCACCCCGCGAGCCUCCCGGGCCGCCCUCUCCGGCUGCUGCUGUACAGGCGGCAGCAUGAUGUCGCUGUGUGAGUGUGCGGCGCUGGAUGCCGUGGGGCAGAUCGUCUUACCGGGCGACGUGCUCCUGCUCCCGGCCCAGCCUACGGACGCCCCGCUCUCCCUGACAGCGCCCGCUCCCUCCGGCCGGCUGCGGGUGGUGUCCGGGCCCGGACUCAUGCGGCGGGGAGAGGAUCUACAGGUCACCAAGUGCGGACUACUCCGGCACCGGGAGCCCUCCGUGUACUGGGUGGACUCGCAGCAGAAGAGGUAUGUGCCUGUGAAAGGGGACCAUGUCAUUGGGAUUGUCACCACUAAGUCCGGAGAUAUUUUCAAACUGGAUGUUGGGGGCAGUGAUCAAGCAUCAUUAUCAUUUUUAGCCUUUGAAGGUGCCACUAAAAAGAACAGGCCAAAUGUUAAGGUCGGAGAUCUUGUUUAUGGUCAGUUCAUCGUUGCUAAUAAAGACAUGGAGCCAGAAUUGGCAUGUAUAGACAGCUCCGGGAAAGCCAAUGGGAAGGGCGUUAUUGGGCAAGACGGCCUCAUGUUUAAAGUCUCCUUGGGACUAGUAAGAAAGCUUUUAACACCUCAGAGCGAGAUUAUUCAGGAGCUAAUGAAUGUUUUCCCAAUGGAGAUGGUUAUUGGCAUGAAUGGACGGAUAUGGGUGAAGGCUAAAACCAUCCAACAGACUAUAAUUGUAGCAAAUAUACUGGAAGCUUGUGAAUAUUUAACGGCUGUGCAGAGAAAGCAGGUCUUUGCAAAGUUCUCCGACAACAUGUAAUUAGCAUAACAUAUAUAGUAUGGCUGAUCUUCUGGGCCUGGCAGAGCCACAUUGCUACAUGUUAAAGUGAAUAUGCUGUUGUGUUGAGUGAUGUAAAACUGUUUUCUAGUUUGAUAAAAUAUUAUUUUGCUAUCACAA